GGAGAAUAUCUACGAUGCUGCAAAUUCUGCUACCCAUUAUGUGCUUUUGUCAUUCUUGCUGCUUGUGUGGUCGCUUGUGUUGGCUUAGUCUGGAUGCAGGUAGCUCUCAAGGAAGAUCUGGAUGCAAUAAAGGAAAAGUUUCGAACAAUGGAAUCUAAUCAAAAGACAUCAUUCCAGGAAAUUCCUAAACUGAAUGAAGAUUUGCUGCAGAAGCAAAAGGAAUUAGAACAAAUUGAGACUGGAGAGCUAGGACUAAAUAAAAUUUGGAUAAAUAUUACAGAGAUCAAUAAACAGGUAUCACUAUUGACCUCAACAGUAAAUCAUCUCAAAACCAAUAUAAAGUCUGCGUCUGAUUUAAUUACUCUUCCUGUCACAGUAGAGAAACUUCAGAAGACUGUAGCGAACAUAGGUAGCACUCUAACCAGUGUUUCUCAUGAUGUUGAGAAUAUGCAGACAGUAAUUGAAGAAUACAAGAAAACCAUAGAAAUGCUCCAAAAUGAUGUGGAGUUAAAGCAGAUGCCUUCACUUCCCUCCAUUGCCACACCAAGGACUCAGAGAAAUCAGACAGAAAAUUGCGAACAGGAAAGCCAGUCCCUGCGUGCAGCUUUGGAGAAGCUAAAUAAUACUGUAGUGAGGUACCAAAAGUUGAAUGACAUAAAGCUUCUGAAUGUGGAUUCAGCCAUUGGUAAUCUAAGCCAGAAGGUUACGCUGUUAGAAAGCUCUCUGGUUGCUGUGAAUAAGCUGGACAAACGAGAGAACUUGUCUACCAGUGUGGGGAAUGAUGCAACUACCUCUCUAAACAUGGAAAAUGAAGAUCAACUCGAUAAUGAAACUCUUUCAGAUAAAGAAUUGAAGGAAACAGGAACUAGAGAUUCUCAGGUAUCAAAACUAAGAGAGAAGCUUCAGCUGAUCAGUGCUCUCUCAAGCAAGCCAGAAAAUGACAGAUCUGUUGAAGCAUCGAAGAAUGUUAGAAGUAGUCCAAGUGCUCCAGCAAAGCCCACAGACCUUUCAAGGUUGGCUUCAAGGUCAGCUGAUGACAACAUAGAGGAGAAUGGACAGCUGAGACAUCUGUCCUUACCAGGAAUAUCACGCAUAGAAGAUCUUCAGAAUUUGUUUGAAAAAACAACUGAAGAUGCUGAUGGAAAACUAUCCUAUGAAGAUCUUCAAAAGCUAUUUGGCUCUACAGUCCAAGAGUUGCACAGCUUUAAGAAAUUUGAUACAGAUAGAGAUGAAAAAUACUCAUUACAAGAACUGAGAUUGGCUUUAGGUGUAUAGAGUAUAUAUUUAGAAAUAUGGUAUGGAUGGAUGCUACUGUAGCUAAAGGAAACUACAGGACAUGAAGAAACUGCAUCUGCACUUUCCCAGUAUUUUACUGAUCCUUGGAGCUAAAUUACUGUACACAUUGCUACUUCUUUCAUUUGUGUGUGUUAAAAAUAAAGUUACAAAUUUAUUGUAGAUAGAACACAAUAUUGGGACAGUGUUAAAAUGCAGAAAAAUCCUAAACCUACUAGAAACACUUACCUGUCACUCUUUUCUUUCCAAAGGAGUUCUUGUUUUUAAUUUAAAAUGUGUACAUACAAAAAUAAACCCAUGGUUUUAUAUUUCACUAAAUUUGCCUUAAAUUAGAGAGCUGCACUUUAUGUAGAGCAGAAAGAAAUUUGUCUUGUAAAGAUAGGCUUUUUCUGCUUGUAAAUAUUUGAAAUAGAGUAAAUUAUGCAUAUUUAAGGAGAAGUUUGUAUUGGGCUAUGUUGGUAGUAAACAUGUUUGUUAGAGAGACUGAACCUGAACGGGGUUGUUAAGAGCUUCAGCUAAAAUCCUAAUUUUGACUAAGUAUAUCCAUGAAUGAGUUUGGACUCAGGCAGAGGAAGGUGGGGGUGGUAAAUCAUGCCCAUCUAUAACAGAACUUAUUUUUACAGGAAAAGGGUGAAAGUCUUUUAUAUCAUGAGUCUACAGAAGCAAUUACCUACCAAGCACUUGGAUUUUUCACUUCAGCUUUUCUUUUAGCUUUGCUGUAUUGCAUCCAGAUUUUUUUUGAGAUGGAGGUAUCAAUGAAACAAAAAAAAAACACAACCAUUGGAGAACUUUAACAGAUGCCUAAGAGGUAAAAGUCUGCAGUGCAGCUUGCUGAAUGGCACUCAUAGUUCCUGCCUCUGCUGUCUGCAGGGGCAGGAUCAGAGGAGUGCUAUUGGUCUUGCUGACUGGUCACAGGAGAUCCUUUUUAACAGGGUGCUGAUGCUGCCACUUUCUUCUACCUGUUGUUCUCGGGGUCACUCUGUGCCCCAGUAGAGCUCCUUGUCAUUAGAUCUGUGAACAGGUGGGGAAGGCCUUCAGUAGAACUUUAGGCUGUUUCCUUUAGGCUAAUAUGACUGCUUCUUGAUACCCAAACCAGUAUGUUUUUGUUAAUAAAGGGAUAUAAAAGGCAGGAUAAAGUGCAGUCAUGUCAGCAUUAUCUGCUGAUAAAUGCUAUGUAAGUGAGGCUUCAUUAGUAUGGUUACUUCCAUGGCUGUUAACCAUAUCUGCAGAGGAGCUUGAGGAAGUUUAUAAUAGUGGAUCUAAAUACAGAAUGUCUUAACCCAGGAAUUCCUUCUGAAACACAGAACGUGACUUUUGCAGAAGAGAUUCUCUUGCAGGCCGGAUCAGGGACAAAUCAGAUGACUUUGCCCACACAUAUCACUGAUCUUAUUGUGGCCUUUUGCAUAAUUAGUGAACUGAAAUUGUCUACCUUACUGAAUCGUCAGUAUGUAUGGAAGUCUGUUCAUAAGUGUUGAAUUUUAUGUAACUUUGGACUGGAUGUUAUGGUUUUAUGAAUAAUUGUAUACUGGAAGUAUAAAUCAGUGAAGGAUUUUGCAAAAUGAAACUUUUAUCCAUUGCCUUUCACUGUUGCUCUUCUAUCCUAUUUGGGUAAUGCAGACAUGACCCAGUAAGGGGAUGCUUUUGUUGAUGUGACAUUUUAAAAUACAGUAUUUAAAAACGGCAACCAAAAAAAAAAAACAAGCAACCUUGGCUUUAAAAGGACAAGAAGCCAACAUGUGCUUCUUGCCACUUUCCACACACUUUUAUACACUUCUGUGUGAUUCUUUAACCAAAUAAUAAAAACUAGCAAUAAAAUGUAACCAUUAUAUUAUUUGUACAUACUGUAUCAUAGCCAUAUUCCAGAGUUUGCAAAGUAUUUUUGAAAGUUUGAUUUGUAUGAAAUUUAACAUAUCUUAAAAUUUAAAGAAUUCUUGUAUUGCCAUGGCAAUCUACUAGUGUGUUUUGUUUUGUUGCAGUCUGCUUUACUUUGGCAAGGCUCUUCAACAGCAAUAGUGAAGUUGUCAGCUGAGCUCCUUUUGAGAAUAGUGUGCUGCUCCCAACUCUGGUGCUCUCUGUAUGUGGCCAGGGAACCGAGCUGGUUUGUAAUUGGGCACUAGGGCACAACUAACUGUCCAGUGGGUGCUGCUUAAUUUGCAUGGCAAGUGUGUAGUGGUCUUUCAGUUCAACUGCUAAUUGCCCUAGUCACUGCAAGCGCAGGAUGGAUUUGUGCUAUGAGUUUAACAAAACCAUAUCAUGCAAGAGUACAGCAGUAGCUUUUGUUUGACCUAGACUAGCUGGUAGCACUUUGUUACAACUAUGAACUGUUGCUCCCCAACCUGCUCCUUUGAUUUGUACAGCUGCUUCUGCCAUGUCUCUGGUCAAGGUCUUGGCAUUAGGUGUUAGCAGACUUCUGCCACUACUUUUAUCCAGUGCUGCAGAGGUUUAAAAAAAAUAGUCAGAGGUAUAGUAAAUAGACUUGUCUAGAUCUGCUUUCUGGGGCUCUGAGGUGCUGGCUCACCCUUGGGCUGUCUCGUGGAGGGUGCAGCAGGAGGACACCUCCUGCUCUCCUCUGCAGGCUUCCCCCAGCUGCAGACUGGCUCUUGAGCCCCCCAGCUGGCUGGACCCCAAGGCUUUCUGAGCCCCACUUAAUGCCCACUGUAAUCACUCUUGGCCCUUCUGCUGUCGGGGGCAGCCUGCGGGUGCGAGUGCAGGAGAAGGCUCGAAGUCUGAAAUGGGGGGAGGUGAAAGGAACAGUGGGACGGCAGCAGCAGACAUUGGAAAUAGAUGUCCUGCGACUUUGGGAGGUGAAAGGGAAGCGUGACACCUUAUCAGAGGGUCUUAGAAGCCUGCAGCUUUCCAGCAAAAGCUGUGUCCUUCCCUGGGCUGCUUCUGCUCCCUGCUUCUUUCCCACAAUGGAGAAAUUUUGGGACUAACAGGGUGGCAGCGAGGGAAAACUGCUGCAGGCUGCUUUGUGAUGGGAACGGAAAAUGGCACACCUGAGACUUGCUGUUACACUGUGAUUCUUAGUUUCAUUUUUCAUUUUAUACUCUUGCUCUUUCUUUUGAAAUGUUGGUUUACCUGUGAGGGUGUUUGGUUUUUUUUUUGGUGACUCCUGUAUAUGGACCAUUUUGUAUUUUUAGUACCUUCCUGUACAAUGAAACACCUUUAACUGUUUUCGAAAUGCAGAGCGGCUUCCUUGAUGGGUAUGAGUGUAACAGAAGCUGCUUUUUUUUUUUUUUAAAGCUACUGAACUCCACACAUUUUAUCAUG